CUCAUUGAAAAUACUCAAAUUUAAAAAAUCUCGAAUUUGACGAAAAUAUCGAAAAAGUAAAAAAAAAAUUGUGCUAAACAUUAAAUCCAAUAUUAAUAAAACCAGAUAUUUCUGCAACUUUAAUAUUAAAAAAAAACACGUUGAAAACUUCCAUAUUUAUUACAUGCGCUCGAGUGCAAAGUGAUAUCCUUUCACAAAAAAAAAAAAAAACAAAUUCAGCAAAUGCCAUAAAAUGAAGCAUGUGAAAUUGAAAAACGCCAAAGGUGAUACCAACUCGAAUUUUGGUUUUGCAUUACUUUUCACUUUGAUUUGUGUGCCCUUUUGCGUUGGCGCACAAGAAAAAUUGUUGCGCAUCAACACUGACUUAACGGCGCCUACCACGGCCUCUAUAAUCGCAGGAGGAGUGGAUGUUAGUGCGCCAACUUCCUCUUUCAGCGAUGCUAGCCGACAUAAUGCUAUUCAGGGCGUUGCUUUAGAUGCUGAAUCACAUAUUUGUGUGCGCGAAGAAACUUAUUUGGAACAAUUGAAGACACCCUCGAUGCAGCCAGUGCGCAUACGCAGCUCACAAUGGUGUAUGGAAUUUCCGCCACGUUGUUCCAGUUAUAAGACCGAAAUGCGUGAAAUGGUGCAGAUAAAGAAUGUCACAAAAACCCGCACUAUUCGCUUUUGCUGCGCUGGCUAUGAGGGGAAUAUCUCCAUCAACGAUACAGUUUGCAAGCCUGUGUGUCGUGGCGGUUGUGGGCGCGGCUUUUGUCAGACGCCAGAUGUGUGCAGCUGUGAGGCGGGAUAUACCGGAACGCAUUGUACACAAAGAUGUGAUCACGAUCACUGGGGAGAUGAAUGCAAGCAACAGUGCAAAUGUCAAAAUGGCGCGGUUUGCGAUAAUAAAUCUGGCAUCUGUCACUGCACCACAGGCUGGACUGGCGAGUUUUGCGAGCUACCCUGUCCAACUGGCACGUAUGGCGUCAUGUGCCACAAAGAGUGCGAUUGUGCCGAAAAGCGCUGCCACCCACAAACCGGCACCUGCGGAGAUGCUACAAGUGCCUUGGUGCCCAAUGUCACGCACGUCAUGAUACAAACGCUCAACUCUACCAUCGCCAAUAUAACGCACAAACUCGAUCGUAUAGCUAAGAAAAUUGUCACAAUAGCGACCAGCACGAGCAUACCACCACAUCUCACUGUCGCGCCCGAGGUCAUCGUUAUCAAGCAAGAGGAUCAGCAUACGCCGAAAAUUAUUGUUCAUCAACCCGUUGCGGCUGGCGGUUUGCUGGGCGAUUUGCAUGGUGCGGGUGGAAAGACACCAGAGGUGAUACAUGUAAUCACUGCAGCAGCGGCGGGCGCAGACUGGCCGACGAGCGCAAAUGGUACCAUCAUUGGUGCUACGCAAGAUGCAAAAUUGAGUUUGGCCGGCAUUAGCGGUGUACUUGACGCGCCUACGCACACCUUGGCGCCCACACCCACACCCACUGCGGCUGAACAUGAUGCGAAUUUGCUCAGCACGCUGCUCAUCAUACUCUUGAUUAUCAUUACUGCAAUCGGAUUUAGUUGGCUGUACAUAUAUCGACGUUACCAUUGGCAAAAGCAGCGCGUCGAAACAGCUUUGGCGGCGCGCAAUGCCAGUUUCGGUGGGCAGGCAGCGGAAUUGGGUACCGGAAGCGGCGCUAGCAGCCCGACGGAUGCCACCGCAAUGGCUGGCGUGGGCGGCAAAAGUUUCCUCAAGCCAUUGCCCGAUUUACCAGCCUUCACGCAAAUGGUGCGCAACAAAAUCGAGGGACCCGAAUUCUAUGACGCACCCAGCAAUAAUUCGUCUGUGAAUACGAGUACCACCGCCUACGAUUAUGCACGCAAGCUCUCGCUCUAUUCAGUUGUGUCGCCAAAGUCGCGCAAAGGUAGUCCGGAUUCGCAUUUGUACGAUGAGAUACGCUACCCGUCGGCAUAUCAACAUCAUAAUAAGCAACACCAACUGCAACAGCUACAACAACAACAACACAUCUUUAGCACACAACAGAGAAAGCACAGUCAACAAAAGCUGCAACAACAACAACAACAACAACAACAGAGUUUUCAGUCUCUUCACAACCACCAACAACUGCACAACCAUCAGCAACAACACCUUCUCAAUGCUUAUACUUUGGCACAACAAAAUUUACCAUCACAACCACAACAGCCAUCAACAACCAUACAGCAAACUCAACUCUCUGCAUUUAUUGCACAGCAGCCCUUGCCCACGUCCGCUACUAUUCAGCAGCAGCAGCAUCAUAUCGCUCAUCUAAUUAUACCACCGCAGAGUACCAACUACCUUCAAGUGCCAUCUCCGUCAUCGGCUGUCACUAACGCCAAUGCUACCAACAACAGCGCUCCACGGAAAGUGGCGCUCAUUUAAAAUUUUGAAUUAUUUUUAUAUGAUUUGAAUUCUUUAUGAAAGUAUUGUAACCGCACCAAAUAUUUUU